UUGCAACAAGGAUAUUUCUGGAAUGGUUCGGAUUAAAUGUGCAGUUUGUCCAGAUUUUGACCUUUGUGUGGAGUGUUUUUCUGUUGGAGCUGAGGUUACCCCUCACAAGGGCAAUCAUCCAUACAGGGUUAUGAUGUUAAUCAUCAGAAGAUGUCUAAUCUCCAUUGAACAUUUUGGCAUCUGCUUGGUGGCAGAAGGUUCACUUUAAUAAGCUAAAUCAUCAAAGAUUUACAAUCAUGUGCUUCACGUCAUUUGCUUGGUCACAAAGGGUUACCAUCGAAGUGCAAGUCUCUGUCCAGGCUUGCUUGUUCAAUUGUCAGGAAAAAAUAAGCAAUAUAUUGGAGCUGGUUCUUUGUCAACACUUCUGUCUAUAUACCUCUAGAUUGAAGUAUGAAGGUGUGCUUGGGCUGUAAAUGCAUGGAAAUGGAAAUUAAUUUGAGGUUUGAUUUUUUUUUAAAAGAGUCCCACACAGGUAAAUGAGUAUAGCAUACUAGAGCACUUGAAAAGAAGUCAAAGAAACAUGGUUACAGAUUAUAAGCGAGUUAAGAACAGAUUAGUUUUCUGUUUACUACCAAUGGCAUUUUCAGCUGAAGUUCAAACCAUAGAUUUCAUAUGUGUGUCACAACUGCAUCCCCCACCCUCUCUCCUUUUUUGUGUAAUGGUGGAAAAUUCUUUUAUUCACCUUGCCUGAAAAUCUCACUUUGGUGGGACAUAAAUGGGUGAUGACCACCUGUAAAUUUCUCUACUAAUUGUUUCAUUAAUGCUAUCAUUUUUUCAUCAUCUUUCCUUCAGCAAGUCUCAAGAUGAAUGAUUUCAAGCAUAGUUUUGUCCCUUUUGCUAUUGGUUUGGUAGACAUGUUAUGAGCAUAUAUUAAUCAUUUUCUUCCAUGCAGGACAAUUUGUCUUUCCCUCUUAUUUGUCCAGACUGGAAUGCAGAUGAGGAGAUAUUACUUCUUGAGGGAAUUGAAAUGUAUGGAUUUGGGAAUUGGACUGAAGUUGCAGAACAUGUUGGAACCAAGAGCAAAUCGCAAUGUAUUGAUCACUAUAAUGCUAUAUACAUGAACUCUCCGUGCUUUCCUCUCCCGGACUUGUCUCAUGUUAUGGGAAAGAGCAGAGAGGAACUCCUUGCUAUGGCUAAAGGGAAUGGUCAAGUUAGAAAAGAGUUCACUGCACAUGGUGAGCAUACCCUGAAAGAAGAGUCUCCCGUUGCUGCAAAAGUCAAAUAUGACGCACCCAGAAAGGAUGAUCCAGCUUAUCAAUCAUCAUCUAGCUUAACUGGAGAGGUAGGGUCCCAUAUAGAUUCAAGCAGUGGUAACUCAUUUCAAGGUUCUGGUAAAAAGACAAACUUGGCCCAGAGUAAAGAUGGCAUUAAACUAGAAGAACCUCAAGCAGACAGGAGCAUUGGUGAGAAAAAACUUAGGGUUUCCACUGACGAGGAACCUUCUAUGACAGAGCUCAGUGGCUAUAAUUUCAAGAGGCAGGAGUUUGAGAUUGAAUAUGAUAAUGAUGCAGAGCAGUUAUUGGCAGAUAUGGAAUUUAAGGAUACUGACACCAAGCCCGAGCAUGAAUUGAAGUUGCGUGUGCUACGUAUCUACUCAAAAAGGCUUGAUGAGAGGAAGCGUAGGAAGGACUUUAUAUUGGAACGAAAUUUACUUUACCCUGACCCUUUUGAGAGAAACCUCUCACCCGAGGAGAAGGAAAUAUAUCAGCGUUACAAGGUCUUUAUGCGCUUCCACUCAAAGGAAGAGCAUGAAGAGUUGCUUAAGAGUGUCAUAGAGGAACAUCGGAUUGUCAAAAGAAUACAAGACCUUCAGGAAGCUCGAGCUGCUGGUUGCCGAACUGCUGCUGAAGCCAAUAAAUUUAUUGAACAAAAGAGGAAAAAGGAAGCUGAAGAAAAUGCCCAGAGACUGAGGGAAAGUGUCCAGGCUGGUCCUAGUGGUAAGGUGUUAUUGCAUGGAAGCCCACAGGGUGUCAUGAGGGGGUCCACUAGUUUACAGCCUAUCAGUAAAGAAGCUUCAACUGUCAUUGGAGGAGCUACCACCCUGGAUGAUUGGGAUAUUACUGGAUUCAUAGGGGCUGAUUUAUUGUCUGAUACUGAGAAAAAGCUUUGCAGCGAGAUCAGAAUACUGCCUUCACAUUAUCUCUCCAUGUUGCAAACUUUAUCGGUGGAGCUUAUGAAGGGCAAUAUUGGCAAGAAGUCUGAUGCUCACAACCUGUUCAAAGUUGAGCCAAGCAAGGUGGAUAGAGUCUAUGACAUGUUGGUGAAAAAGGGGAUUGCUCAAGCAUGAAAAAAAUUCAGCAUCUCCAAUUUUGUAGAUCCACAUUGUACAGUUAUGAUUCGGACAGGUGAAAAAGACAAAUCAUAUUGUUCAUUCAUAGAACAUUUUAUCAUAAGCAACCACAUUUAUAGGAAGAGUCAGGCACUUAGUUGGAAUAUGGUACCAGAUUCUUUUGUUUUUUCUUCCUUUUUGGUCCUUCCACUUGAGCAUACGUUAAAGUACACAUGUCAACAUUUUCUCAUUAACCAAUCAUUGAUCCAUA